GUAACAGGGCACGCUGCUUCACAAGGGUUCACAUCAUCACACAGGAGAGCGCUGUACAUACUGCGAGAACAAUAGGCUGUGUUCUUUUUUUCUUGGUACUAUCCAGAGAUUUGCUUUCUGCUGCCCUGACUUAAAGCAGAGUACCUCUGUGACCUAUCUGUCUCCUUUGGCCCCAAAAUGACAGUAAUUGCUGCAAUCAGUUGUACUCUCUUAUUUUCCGUUCUCUGUGAAACAAGUGCAUUAGUGUUACCCAACUCCACUGACCUAUUCCUGUCAGACAAUAAUUUCACUGACAUCAAGACAGCUUUGGCAGCUCAUCUGGACUCUGCAAAAAUUCCCAAAGCCAGGCGGAAGCGCUACAUUUCACAGAAUGACAUGAUUGCCAUUCUUGAUUAUCAUAAUCAAGUCAGAGGCAAAGUCUUCCCACCUGCUUCCAACAUGGAAUAUAUGGUUUGGGAUGAAACUCUUGCCAAAUCUGCUGAGGCUUGGGCUGCUACAUGCAUUUGGGACCAUGGCCCUUCCUAUCUUCUGAGAUUUUUGGGACAGAACUUGUCUGUAAGAACUGGAAGGUAUCGAUCUAUUCUCCAGCUGGUAAAGCCAUGGUAUGAUGAGGUGAAGGAUUAUGCUUUCCCCUAUCCUCAGGACUGCAACCCUAGGUGCCCGAUGCGAUGCUAUGGACCCAUGUGCACCCAUUACACACAGAUGGUUUGGGCCACUUCCAAUCGUAUAGGCUGCGCAAUCCACACUUGCCAGAAUAUGAACGUCUGGGGAUCUGUCUGGCGGCGAGCUGUUUACUUGGUGUGCAACUAUGCCCCAAAGGGGAAUUGGAUUGGAGAAGCACCAUAUAAAGUAGGAGUCCCGUGUUCAGCUUGUCCUCCAAGCUAUGGAGGUUCUUGUAUCGACAAUCUUUGUUUCCCAGGAGUAACAUCAAACUACUUAUACUGGUUUAAAUAAGUUAACAUUAUUUUAAAGAAAACCCACAGAUGAGUAACAAGAACCUUGUGUAUUGAAUUUUGCACAUAUUAUAUAUAGAAAGAUUGUAAUAAUACUCUGAUAUUUUCUUUUUGUAUGCUUUUGUAUAAUUAGCUUUCAAAGUACAGUAUAAUUUGGUUUUAACACUUCGGGACUUAAGAUUCACGUUAUCUUUUUUAGAUUAACAUUUUGUUAAAGGAGAGCAAGCUCAUUUAACUCUUAGCAAAUGCAGCUUCCUGAAGAUUAGAUUGUAUUAAAAGCACAUCAGAAUAUAGAAUAUUACUUCCUUUUAAAAAUAACAGCUCUCGAAAGAGAAGGGUCAUUGUUUAAUACUGUGCUUUAAAAAUGGAGUGUGACAUGCAAAGCUACAAAUUGCCCUCACACUCCCAAUGGUUCCUCCUGUUUACACCUGUGCUUUCACCUGCAAAGUCAACGGGACACUGAGCAGAGGAAAACAUAUGUGCAAGAGAAACUGCGGGAUAUUACCUACCUCAUGCACAGCAUCAAUUCAUUUAUGGUGUUUGAAGAGUUCAGCACAUGGCUGCUGCUAUCACAUGUCUGUGUGCAGACAGGGAUAUUAAAGAGAAUGAGGAACCACACUGACUAGGAUGCAGUGGCUGUUAACUCACAUGCCUGAAGUCUUAUUUAGAUAGAAAGCUACAUCACUUGAAAAAUACUGGUUUAACAGCUCAGCUUGACUCUACCUUCCUGUAUUUCUGAACAGUCAUUGUUCUAUAAUGGUGCUUUGCAGGAGUAUAUUUAUUAUUUUACAGGAGGAAAUAUAUUGCUACAAAGCAGUAUACAUCAAUACAUGACAUCCAUAGUGUGUUUUACACUGUAGGUUCACCAGUAUAUAUGUAGUCCCUCUGAAUGAAAUUCAGUUGAGAAUCAGGAGAGAUCAGACCUAAAAAUAGGUAGGAAAAAUUCUAAAUAAAAGACAUUAGGGAGCUUUAAAAUUCAUAUAGAUUUGUUCCAAAAAUUCCAAAUUUCUGAAUCAAUUACCAGUGUCCAUUAAAAAUACACUGCACUGUUUCCUGAAAACAUCUCAGUGCAUUUUUAAAAACCAAAUCUGCCAAAAAAUUUCUGCCAAAACCUGAAUACCUUAUGGGUGCCUAAUAGAGACAUCAAAACUGAAAUAUUAUACAGGUACUUUUCUUGAAAAACAGAUUAUGGAAAGGAAGAAAUCCAGUGUCUGCCACUACUACUAGGUCAUUGAAAUAGCCUCAAAUUUUGGCUUUAUGUUACAGGGCAGAAUGUACUCCACUUUAAAUAAAAGUGUUUAGUCUGCUAGCACUGCUACAUUUAGACCUCUGAAAUUUAUGAACUUUGAAAAGCAAUAUUGCACAGAGCAAGUAGAACUACAGAGGAUAAUUUCACUAGAGCUACAUAUGUAUGUAUCUUUAAGUCACUAAUUCAGUCUUUUUAGGGUAUUUGUGACUGUCUGCCACCAGACUAUGAAGUAACAUGCUGGUGAUAUAAAAAGAAAGAUGAGAAUUUGAAUUCUUCACAUUAGUUACUCUUUUUCUCCAGCAAGAUAUCUGGAGCAGGCUGUAUAGUGUAUGAAGUGUAGCAGCCCUUCUGUAUCUGUCCAUACUCUGAUCCCUCAGAGAACAUCAGCAGCUGAUCUGUGGCUCUUCAGAUAUUUCUGGUUAGUGACACUUGUGUAUCUGACAGGACAAGAACUAGACAGGCAUAUUGCCUUUAGAUGUGUCCAAGUUGUAAAAGGAUAACUCUUUGUAAUGUUCUAACUUUUAUCCUAACAGGUACAACAUAAACAUUUUUCCUUUUGUUUUCAAAGGAGUUUGGACUUGAACAAUACUCAAUCAGUCAAAUACUUUGGUGGAGUAAAAGCCAGUCCUGUUUUGGGGGUGAAAGACAACCUCUGCAUUAUCUAUGUACACACUGAAAUAAAUGAGUGAGACAAAACUACUUGGUGGGUCACUACCCCCUCAGCCAGCACAGUUUUUGACAAAGAUGCAGGUGAAAAAUGCAUUUUUGUUCUGCAUAAAAAAUCUUCUAUAGAGGUAAAAGUUAAAACAGUGCAUCUAGCCAUUUUCAGUAUUUUUAUUUAAUACAAAUAGGAAGCAGAGCAUAAGAAAAAGUUCAGGUUAGGCCAUGGAGCCUACAACAGUAGGUCUAACAAUAAAUGACUAUGCACUUUGAAACUUGCAACUUGUAUGUUGUAUGGUACGCUUUCCAAACAGGACUAGACAUUGUAAAUUAAUUUAUAAUUCUGUAAUUCAGCUGAAAUUACUAUCACGGGUAUAUAUGUUAUCGUAUCUGUUACUUUUUAAGUUGCUACAAAUGCCUUGAUUUUGUGGAAUAUUUUGUUUUCUGUGAAUAUAGAAAACUUUGCUUUUAACAAACAGGUAUGCAGGUUUUUUCACAACAUCCCAUAAUGGUGCUAGGGAUUAACUAUUGUAAUCACACUGUAAUUGACAGCAGCAAAAUAUGAUGUGGAAAUAAGCUAUUUAAUACGAGCAGCUCCUGAUAAAACCAGCUACAAGCACUCAAACAUUAGCUGAAUAUUUUUAAUUUAACAUAGAGGAUUGCAAUCAUCAGAUAUUUGAUUGCCACAUGAAAUUUCCACUUAAAAGUAGAAGGUCUUUCUGUAUUGCCUGUUUGAUUUGCCCCAAUUUCUAUUACCUUUUUGCUCUUGGGCCAGGUAAUGACAAUGCCAGUAAAGCUCUGUUUUGAUUGCCAGUGCCAGUGCUUCCUGACUGACUACCUGACACCAAGUGCUGCUACAAAAAAAAGCACUGAAAUGUGCAGAAGACUUCAGAUGCCUUUGGCAGCUCUAAUGCAUGCUGAGCUUGAUGGGUUCAAGGCCAUGCAGAGGCCAACCACCUCCAGUUGCUGUUCUGAUGGCCUUGAAGUACUAAUUUCUUCUCAGCAGAGGGGUGUGCCCUUAAAGACAGAGAAAUUAGCUCAGACUUCUGUUCUAAAUAUAAAAUUGUAAAAGUAUGCACAAGCUAAAAUAAGGCAAAAAUUAUUUUUUGUCAAAAUACUGUGAGAGGCAUAAGAGUAAAAAAUGAUAUAACAAAAUUGAUAUAAUGAAUUAUUGAGUGCAGCUGUUUAUAAUAAUAUCUGCUUGUGAAUUUUUGCCUCAUUUAAACAUCUAAGGUAAUGGAUAGCAGUUGAUACCUUUUGGUGCUAACCUCUGUGUUCUGGUGCUGAAGUUACAGAUUAUUUUUUGUGGAAAUAUUACCAUAUACACUCCAGUGUUUGUGAAAUCUUUUUCAGAUAAACAUAUAACUUACCACUAGGUCAGAUUUUCUCUCAGCCUUCGUUUUUAUGGUUGUUUCAGGCUUUAAUAAGAGUUUUAUGUGCAUCAGAGAGGAAAAUGUAUUCCAGUUCAAAACCAAAACAAACAGUGCCCUCCUCCCAUCACAACAGGCAAGUGCCUGUGGAACAAAUUAUGGGGAGAGUAAGACCUCUGAGAGUCGUGACUUCAGAUUGAUGCUGAGCAAGUUUUAGUGAUUCCAGAUUGUCUCUCUGAACAAUAAAUGACUUCAGAAAAUCUGAGCUUGACCUUGCACACUUAUCCUUGGGAUCUAUUCUUUGA